GCACUAAAAAAAGUAACGCCAUUUUCCCAAUUUCCAUAAUUAUCCCCGAAGAACGAAGUGUCAUGAACAUGAGGAACCCAACCGUUCCCCGUAAAAUCCGAGAAAAAUAGAGAUAAAAAUAAAAAUGGUAAAAAAAAACACCAACAAGGCAGGACUAUCCUCUAACCUCGAAAGCCUCGAAACUGUCCCUGAAGUUUCCAACUCAUUGCAAUCGUUCAACAGCAACGAGAAUAUGAGUUCAGGUUUUCCCAAAUAAUAGCAUAACAAAAACCAUUUUUUUACUCUUUUAUUUGCUUCAAUUUUUUUAUGGCCUCUUUCGUUGAAAUCGAUCGGUACAAUCUGAUUCCACUCUCGGUAACUUCUCUUUCCGGUUGCCCAUGCCGUCCCUUAACCACCAAAACCCUAACUCUCACUCGAAGAACUCCUAAACUCAAGCUUAACUUAGUCUUUCAUGGAUCCCAAUCAGUCUUCCCGAUUCUUCCCACCCGUAUUUACAUCAACCGGCGGUUUAUUACGGCCGUGGCUCGUGCUGAACCGGAAAGUAUCGAUGAAAGCAAUGCCAAGGAGGAAGUUGACAGAGGCCAUAUGUUACCAAUGGUGAAGGAUUCUCUUGCUGAGCAACAACAUAAAUCAAGUCAGUUGAGGAAAAGGAUUGUUUUUGGAGUUGGUAUUGGAAUCUCAGUUGGAGGUGCUGUAUUAGCUGGCGGAUGGGUUUUCACUGUGGUUAUGGCUGCUGCUGUUUUCCUUGGUGCACGUGAGUAUUUUGAAUUGGUUAGGAGCCGUGGAAUUACUGCAGGAAUGACACCUCCUCCACGAUAUGUCUCACGAGUUUGCUCUGUUAUAUGUGCUUUCAUGCCCAUUCUCACGUUGUACUUUGGGAAUAUUGAUGUUUCAGUGACAUCAGCUGCAUUUGUUGUGGCUAUGGCAUUGCUCUUGCAAAGAGGAAAUCCUCGUUUUGCUCAGCUCAGCAGUACCAUGUUUGGGCUAUUUUAUUGCGGUUACCUCCCUUGUUUCUGGGUUAAGCUCAGAUGUGGUUUAGCUGCUCCUGCCUUGAAUACUAGAAUAGGAGCUGGAUGGCCUUUUCUUCUUGGUGGUCAAGCUCAUUGGACAGUAGGCCUUGUGGCAACCUUGAUUUCUGUCAGCAGCAUAAUAGCAGCAGAUACAUAUGCUUUUUUGGGUGGAAAGGCCAUUGGCAGGACACCACUUACUAAUAUAAGUCCAAAGAAGACAUGGGAAGGAACCAUUGUUGGCUUGGGUGGUUGUAUAGCAACUUCUGUUGUAUUAUCAAAGAUUUUUAGCUGGCCGGCAUCUUGGCUAAGUGCAAUAGCCUUUGGGUUUCUGAACUUCUUUGGGUCUGUUUUUGGUGAUCUUACCGAAUCAAUGAUCAAACGUGAUGCCGGUGUUAAGGACUCUGGUUCCCUAAUACCUGGGCAUGGUGGAAUACUUGACAGAGUGGAUAGUUACAUUUUCACAGGUGCACUUGCAUACUCUUUUGUCAAAAUCUUAUUACCGCUUUACGGAGUUUGAUAUGUAAAUUUUGACCAAUAGCAAGAGGUAGAAAUUCUUCUGUGUAUUUUCGAAACUAAAAGGAGUGCAGAAGUACAUUUGAUGGAUAUAUGCAAAGGUAAUUCCUUCCUACUUGCUCUUAAGAAUCCAACAGAAGGAAGCGGAGGCUGCAUUUUGCAAAUCUGCUGGUCUCCGUCUUACCUGAUUAUCAAGUACAGGAGUACAUUUCAGAUAACACCUUUCUUAAAAGAUCUUCUAAGAUCAAUGUACGCCAUUUAGACUUCACAGGGUUUUUGUUUAACUCGGAUUACUGUGGAUGUUGAUUUAUGGAAAUUUUGCUUUGUAAUAAUAAUGUAGAAAGAAAUCAAUUGGGCAGUUUUAAAAGUUUUUUGGGCUUUUUGCCCUUUUCAUUGGCUAUAACAUACUAAGUCUAUUUAUGUCUUUAAUGGACCCUCAAUAAGGGCCCAAUGUAAUAAACUUUGAUUUUGAUUGUAGUCAAAACUAUCUUUAGUCCCACCUUUCUGGUGGAUUGGGGGCCCAAUGUAAUAAGAAUGAUAACAAUAAAAAAACAGGGGUUUUUUUUAUUUUUUAAAAUUGUUUAUCUCUUUGAUUUAUUCAGUUUUGUAUCGUUCGCAGUCCGCACUCUGAAAGCAAACACACUUUAAACCACCUGGGCCUGGGUUUCACAUGGCAAACC